AUGAAAAUGCAUAUUUCGACGUUUAUUGUGGUUUCUGCUUCGUUUCUCCCCUCCGUAUUUUGCUGGGGCAGUCUUGGCCAUUAUACAGUGGCAUAUAUUGCGUCGAACUUUGUCACGAACGCUACCCAGGCAAAAUUCCAGGGUAUCCUCAACGACACGAGCGCCGAUUACCUAGCAUCAGUUGCUACUUAUGCCGAUUCAUAUCGCUAUACCGACGAGGGCGGUUACUCUAAACCAUUUCAUUAUAUCGAUGCAAACGACAAUCCUCCGGCAAGCUGCGGCGUGGACUACUCACGCGACUGUGGAAGCGAAGGCUGCAUCGUGAGUGCUAUCAACAACUAUACGGAACGUGUACAAAGCAGUACCUUGAGUUCUGCAGAUGUAACACUGGCUGCGAAGAUGCUUGUUCAUUUUAUCGGGGACAUCCAUCAACCUCUCCACGACGAAAAUCUAGCAGUUGGGGGCAAUGAUAUCCCGGUAACAUUUGACGGGAAACCCACCAACCUCCAUGCAGUGUGGGAUACCAGCAUACCUGAAAAGUACGCUGGGAAAGCAAGCCUGGAAGGCGCUCAAACAUGGGCUACUACUCUAAGCACAGCAAUUAAAUCCGGCUCAUACAAGUCUUCGGCAAAGAGUUGGCUUGCAGGCAUGGACAUAUCCGAUGCAGUUACCUCGAGCAUGAUUUGGGCUACAGACUCCAAUUCUUAUGUUUGUAGUUCUGUGAUGCCAAAUGGAUCUACUGAGACGGAAAAUGUGGAUCUCUCAGGGGAUUAUUAUGCGGAGGCACUUCCGAUUAUCCAGUUGCAAAUUGCAAAGGCGGGAUAUAGGCUCGCGGCAUGGCUGAAUCUUAUUGCAACUGGAAGUACCUGCAUUCAAGGCUAG